CGGUUUCUAUAAUCUACACCCGCGAUCUUAGUUUUAAACAAUAUAUAAAAUAUAAUUCAUGAUAAAUGACCUAGUAUAGUAAUUAUUUUGUUAUGAAAAUGUCCACGUCAAUUGUUUUUGUGGUUGUGUUUAUCGCGUCGGUAGUUACAGGUCUACUAUCAUCACCACACGAUGUGGUGACCAGGUGGUCUGCAGGUCCUCGCUACCAGUACACGAGUUCCCCUGAGGGUUCGGAGCUGGUGGACUCGUGGCUCACCGCCGCAGACCUGCUGCUGGCUGCCAGAUACAACCCUGCGCAGGACAAUAACUAUCAUUUGUUUACUAGACGAAACCCUUCAAUCAGUCAACCGAUACCGUAUGGAGCUGAUAGUCUUCUCAAGGCUUCCAACUUCGAUCCUCAGAAGAAGACGGUCUUCCUAGUCCAUGGAUGGAAGAAUACUCCACUAUCUCUGUUCAAUGUGCAGAUGGUUCAUGCAUACGUGGCAGCGGAAGAUGUGAACCUUAUCAUGGUAGACUGGAGUAUAGGUGCAGCUGGCACCUACAUGUCUUCUCUGCUCAAUGUGCCAAGAUCUGGGGAACACGUAGCAACUUACAUAGAAUGGCUGAACAGCGUAAGCGGCGCUUCGCUGAACAAUUACCACAUAGUGGGGCACAGCCUCGGCGGCCAUCAGGCUGGCAUCAUCGGCAGAAACGUGGGCGGACACGUCGCUUAUAUCACUUCCCUAGACCCCGCAUUACCCGGCUGGAUCUCCAACCCGCAAGGCUUCCAGGCCUCUGACGGCUUAUACACCGAGGUUAUGCACACAAAUGCCGGCGUGUCAGGCAAGCUGGUGCCUGUAGGUGAUGUGGACUUCUAUCCUAAUGGGGGGGUCAAUAUGCCUGGCUGCGGGAAUAAUGAUUGCAGUCAUCAUCGAGCAAUCUAUUACAUGGCGGAAUCUCUCACUAGCGGCGGUUUCACCGGUCACCGCUGUGUGGAGCUCGCUGCAGCUCUCGCUGGCAACUGCAGUGGUGACACACUCAACAUGGGCGGAGGUAGUGCUAAGACUGGAUCAACUGGAAUAUAUUUCUUAGGGACGAACGCUGGACCACCAUUCUCUCAGUAUUAAAAUAGAAUUUUAAAAUUAA